AUGCACGUCGUGAGAGAUUGCCCGUUUGCGAGAGCAGUGUGGGCGGAUUUCCUGGAUGGCGAGCCCGACAGUAGAUUUUUCGAGCCGGAUUUGAAGCGAUGGUCUCUUUACUACCUGUCUAGUCGGAGUAAUGUGGUUGACCCUACCUUGUUUGCAGGCACGUGUUGGCUACUGUGGAAGAACCGGAAUAGUCUCAUAUUCGAAGGUGAGCAGAAGACCCAUGCACAUAUCCAGUUUGACGCAAAGCAGCUCAAGACUCGGAUCCGCAAUGCUUUUGAGCAGGAGUCGCGCAUUUUCGGAGCCGGGGGACUCCGGGAACGCCGCCUCAUCAGCUGGGAACCACCGCAACCUGGCUGGCUUUGUGUGAAUACCGACGGCUCGGUUAUACAGGCGAACGAAAGCACAUCUUGUGGAGGGAUCAUACGAGGGGACGAUGGUCGGUUCGUUAAAGCGUUCUCAGCGAACCUUGGAGGGGGUUCUAUUACCCGAGCAGAGCUGGCUGGAAUUGUGCAUGGGUUGAAGCUCGCCUGGGAAGAGGGGGCUAGGAAGGUGCUUCUUCAGACAGAUUCCAACACGGCAGUCACCCUGAUUGCGUCUGCAACGACCAACCACCCACAUUAUACGACUGUUGCUGAGAUUCGUCGCUGGUUAGAGAGGCCUUGGCAGGUUAAGAUUGAGCAUGUUUAUCGUGAGGCGAACUUUGUUGCGGAUUAUCUAGCCUCUCUGGGGCAUUCCCUUGCUGUAGGGAUGCAUGUUUUUGAUGUUCCUAGUACUAUGUUGCUGUACUGGCUGUACUUUGAUCGAGUUGGGGUCCAAACACCCCGGUUGGUUUAA